AUGUCUAUACCCGCUUUUACUCCCAUUGCUCUUAUCAUUGGUGGCGGAUCCAAUGUUGGGAUCAAUGUUGCCAAAAAGCUAUUGAAGGAAGGCUACGGCGUUGCACUAGGUUCACGGAAUCCAGAUUCUGCUGCUCUCAAACAGCAAGGAAUCUUUCCUGUGUCCGUUGAUGGGACGAGCUCUGAAAGUAUUCAGAAAGCAUUCAAAUCGGUUAGGACGAAUCUUGGGGAACCAAGUGUCGUGGUAUAUAAUGUCUCGGUACAUUUCCCACUUCCUUCCGCCAAUGAUCCAUUAUCCGUAUCUUCCGAUGAUUUUGCCAAGUCUUGCAAGCUGGAACACGCAGUAUUCGUUUCCGCGCAGGAGGCAUUGACUAGCUUCCGCUCGAUUAAACACUCUACUCCCAAAGCCUUUAUCAGCACGGGAAAUAUCCUCCCGUUCAUGAAAGACGGGCCCAUUAAUUUUGUGAUAGGGGCAUUGCAGAAGACAACGAUGGCCACCUUGAUGAAUUAUUCCAAUCGGGCGUAUGUUGCAGAGAGAAUUAGAUUCCAUUAUGCUACACUCGUAGGUCCUGAUGGAGGCAUUCCAAACCUAAACCCUCUUGCGGAAGUUGGAUUCUUUAACAGUGGUCCAGCGCAUGCCGAGGCGUAUUGGGACCUAAUUUCCGCAGAAAAUGUGAAGAGUUGGGAUUACCGAUUCACAUACAAUGGGAAGGCAUAUGUAGCCUAG